AUGACCUUCAUUGGGCGCGUCUCUUUUAUACGUCUGACAGGCCGCUUUAAUGGCUCCCAACGGUUUCGAGCUUUUGUGUUGAAGGAAUUCCAUUCAGUGUACUUUGUCGAAGGCUUCUCUGUUGCUCCCUCCUUCUUGUUUGAUCGUGUUGAUCUUCUGUUUCAUGCAAAUAGCCAAAACAAACAGUUUCUCUGGCACAUGGAUUGCCUGCGCUGCGCCGGUGCUUCCGUCACGUUUAUCGCGUCGUUCUACCUGUGGCCGAGCGAGCGCCGGUUUGUGUAUUGGGGAGUUCGCUCACUCCGGAGGGCCACGGAGGACAACACCAUUUACAUUGAUCGAGACAGCGACGACACGAUCCGCCGUCGCACCUUAUUCUUUCUACAGAACUGCGUCUUGAGCGCCGGUUUCUUAGCUUUUCAGUCUCACUCUUCAUUAGAAGUACCUGCAUAUUCAGGGGGCGUGUGGCUUCUUCCGCUAAGCAGGGCUACUGUUUCUACCCUUGUGCUGUUCGCCGGUCCCGUUGGCGAUAAGAUAAUUCUACGCAAGUUCCCCAUUGAAGAGAACUGGUUGCGCCGCUGGCGAAGCUACGUUUUGUGCCCUAUCGGAGAAGAGCUGUUUUUCCGCGGAGUUCUCUUCACACUUUUGAGCAAACGCAGUCAGUGGAUGCAGAUCGGCGUCGCCACCCUUCUCUUUUCCCUCUCUCACUCGCACCACAUCGUGUCGUGGGCCUGCGACGAGUACAUUGAUCGGUGUGCCGACGCCACGGAGAGCAGCGACGCUGAUUUGCAGUGCAUCUGCUGGCGCGCUGCAGCGCGCAAGUUAGUGUCUGUGUACCUCUUCACCGGUGCCUUUGGAGCGCUUAGCGGAUACUACUAUCUGUGCGUCUGCGAGGGCAGCAUUGGCGCGAUUGCUGCGGUGCAUGCCAUUUGCAACUUCAUCGGGCCCCCCGAUUUCGCCGUCCUGCGCAGCCCUUCUGUUACGAGACGGAUAAAAGUGGUGAGUGCCGUCAUGCACGUAGGCGGAAUUGUUGGCUGGCUGUGGGCGCUGCUACACUGA